UUGUUUCCAUAGGUUAGCAGAAAUCAAUCUUUCCCUUUCUUCCUUACGCACGCUCCACCCUCUCCUGCCUCUACCGUGUAGACUCUGCAAUCUCCCUCGACUGCUUUUCCGUUUGCCUAUGAUGCCAUCUGCAGCUACCCUCCUCUACGCUUUGCUCUUUCCUCUCCUCUACGCUCUGCUCGACCCUCUCCUGCUUCUACCGUGUAGGGUCUGCUCGUCCUCUACUACUUUUUCGUUUUCGACGGCGUUCUGCAGCUACCCUUCCAUCAGCUAUGCGCUUUCCUCUACUCUGCUCGUCCCUAUGGACAUCACUUUACAGAUGCACUUCGAACACGAUGGUGGUGCUGGUGCUGAAGGUGGCGCCGCUUCAUCAAGGUUGCAUUCAGAGGAUUCGGAAGGUGUUUCCUACUAUCUGUUUCUAUUUAUGGGCAUUCUGUCUUCUGUUUAUCUAGACGGGGAAAUAGUACAAGGGUGGAAAAGGAUCCCUGUUCCCUUGCUUACAACCCCAUCAUCCAAUCUUCAUAUUCUGCAUUGAAGAAAAUAUCAGCAUCCAGAAAAAGGUUGAUAUAUAAAUCUGCUGUGGAUUCUGCUUUCCAGAAUAUGUGCCUAAACUCUAGAUCAGAAAGCCAGCUCUUCAUUCUUCUUUACAGGUAGGAUUGUUCUGGCUUUGGGGGUUUUGAUUUUUUUCCAGCUCCAUCACUUUCACUCAUUCUGGAGAAAUAACUUGAAGGAGUAGGUUGGGGGACAAAUUUGAAUCAUUUCUUUUCAUCAGGUCAUUGCUAUUAUUGCAAGAUUGAGAAUGAGUAUGGGAAACGAAACAGAGUAAGCUACUUGGAUCUGCUGGCCAAACUUCUGUGAGUUGUGCUGCAAAAUUGGUUGUUAACAUAGGGACUGCGGUUCCAUGGAUAAUGUGCUAGAAAAGUGAUGCACCGGAUCUAGUGAACAUGGUGAACACUAACCAGUUAGCGGAGAUGAUGGCCACUAUGGCCCAAGCUGUGACGGCACAAGCGAACGAUAAUGCUAUGAGGCGUGCUGCUGAGGAGGCACGUGAUCAGCAUCAGCGUCAGAGGGAAGUAACUCUGGACCAGAACAAAGGCCUGAAUGAUUUCAGGAGGCAAAACCCAUCUAAGUUCUCUGGUGGUACUGAUCCAGACAAAGCGGAUCUCUGGAUUCAGGAGAUAGAGAAUAUAUUUGGCGUACUGCAAACUGCUGAGGGUGCCAAGUUGGGUAUGGCAACUUAUUUACUGCUCGGUGAUGCUGAGUACUGGUGGAAGGGCACCAGGGGAAUUAUGGAAGCUAACCAUGAAGAGAUCAACUGGAACUCUUUCCGGACCGCAUUCUUGGAAAAGUAUUUUCCAACAAGUGCUCGGGAUGAGCGGGAGUCACAAUUUCUGACACUCCGUCAGGGAGGUAUGUCAGUACCGGAAUUUGCUUCGAAGCUGGAAUCUUUGGCGAAGCAUUUUCAAUUCUUUCAUGAUCACGUGAACGAGCGCUACAUGUGCAAGCGCUUUGUUAAUGGACUGAGGCCUGAUAUUGAGGACUCAGUGAGGCCACUGGGAAUCAUGCGAUUCCAAUCUUUGGUUGAGAAAGCCACGGAGGUGGAACUGAUGAAGAACCACCGGGCUGGAACUGGAGGGCCGAUGAGGUCGGGCUCUCAAAAUUUUCAGAGUAGAGAGAAAUUUCAGAGCAGGGGGCCAUAUCAGCGUCCUGCUGGAAGAGGAUUUACUUCAGGAUCUUACAAACCCAUGGCGGGUACUGCUGGAGGUCCCGGAGAUCAGACUUUGAAGAAGGAGACGACCUGUUUCAGAUGUGGGGAGCCGGGGCAUUAUGCUAAUGCUUGUCCCGACAAGAGGCCCAAAUGCUUUAAUUGUAACAGAAUGGGGCACACUGCCGAUCAGUGCAGAGCACCCAAGACGGAGCCAACCGUGAACACUGCUCGUGGAAAGCGUCCUGCGGCUAAAGCAAGAGUUUACACCAUGGACGGUGAGAGAGCUGAGGGGUUUGUCAGAGGAGAGCGCAAGAACGAUGGUAACCUUCUAACCAUUCUUUCCCAUUCUAGUAUAAUAUGUUUCAUUACUCUCGUAGCGUGUGCAAACACGCCUAACUUGCCUAUAUUGUUGAACUUUGACCUUAUAGUUAUUACGCCUAUUAAUACCUUAUUUGACCGUAGCUCGUAUUUUAGCUAUAGAAGUACACGAGGUUUAAGAUAACACGUUAAGCCUAGAAAGUAGUCUUGUACCGAUUCGUUUAACCAGAAGCUAGAAGCUAAAGAAUGAAUCUUAGAGAGAUUUCGUAUGGAUAGCAUACGUAUGAUGUCGAGAGUGUGUAGUUCCGUAGCGACAUCAUUGAGGAUUUAAUAUCGAGAUAUUUGUGACUAUUGGAUGAUAGGAACUCAUUGACUGUUCCAGUAGGUUUUUCUAGAUUUCCACCUUCGAUGUAUUAGGCCUGAUCAACUUAAUAUUGAGGGGGUGAUAUUCGGAAUCAUAGCUGGCUAUGGACUUUGAUAGAAGGAUUGGUAAGAUUAACUUGAUUUAAUCGAAGAUUAGUUGAGUUUGGGAGGAGAAAGUUCUCAUUAAGUAAUUGUUUUCCUUGCGAAGGAGUUGUAGUUUUAGGAGAUGAAUAUUCUUUUAGGAAAUAUUGAAGAGUUACAGAGCAUCAGAGAUCCAAACUUGGAAAGGUUUAGGUUUUAAGUAUAUUAAUUCUUGUCAUAAGUGUGUAGGACUUGAAGUUUGUCAUAAUUUGAUUGGAAGAUUAAGAAGUUUAUCGACGAGAUGGUAAUCAAGUUACAAGAAGGAAAGUGUUAGUAUUAAGAUGAAUACUUGAAGUUAUCAUAUUUGGACAAGCUACUCAGAGUCUAAUAGUGAAUGGAACUUUGUUAUGGAUUUCGGUGAUGCAUGCUAGAGUUAGCAGGUGAAUUUUGCUCAGUUGAAUAAGAAUCCUAUGAUUAAGAUUGACUUAGGGAGUUGAAAAUCAUGUAUGAAUAAGGGAUGUAGUGGUGAUAGCCGUUACGAUAGUAGUUAAACCUUAGAAGGUUGGAGGAUCGGAUGAUAAAAUGACUAGUUGAGACCUUUGAGGUACAGUUAUGAAUUGAUCUUCUAGAGGAUAAAUCUCGAUUUAUGCGAAGUGUUAGGGAUUUCAGUAAGCCUAAAUUGGUUUGAGUGAGGAAGGUUUUGAGGAUGAAGACGACAAUAAUGAAUUGUUGGAUAUUAAGAGGAUAAUUAGCUUAUGAGUGAUCGAUGAAUUUAAGAUUAAGGGGAUGAGUCUUGUCAUGCACGAGGUAUUAAGACUCAAGUCAAGUUUUAAUUUGAAUGAUGACUAAGGAGAAGAUUGAUUUCAUGGUGCGAGCGGUGAUAGUUACGAAGUUGGAAGUGACGUUAAUGGACUAGUAGAUUCCAAGGCAAUAGUUUGACUAGGAGUUAUCAAGCGAUCGAGUUGAGUUUUGGACCAUAAGUGAACAUCACGGGGACAAGUUGAGCAUUCACUCCAGAACAUAGAGAAGUACCGAGCUUCUAAUCAGUAUUUUGGACGAACAAAAGCAAAGGAGCAAGUGGUUAAGGUUGUGCGAUUGCACGAAUGCCAACAAAUCUUAUUUCCAACGGAGACCCGACGCAAGUGGUCGAACCGGACAACAUAGAGUUGGAAGAUGAUAUGUCUUUUGAGACGCCGUCGGUCCGCAUUGGGGCUGGAAUAGUGAAACGAUCGAGGAGAAAGCAGAGUGCUUCGGUGAAAGUUAUUUGGAACAAAGACAUGGACGGUGCUAUAUGGGAUUUAGAGGAAAAGAUCAAGGAAUAAUAUCCGGAACUUUUUACUGACCCUUAAGUUUCGAGGUCGAAACUUUCUUUUUGGAGGGUAGUAAUGUAAGGCCCAAGUUUUUAAACUCAUGCCAAGAGAAUAAAAUCCUAUUCACGAUUAGGGUUGAUGUAUUGUGAAGGAAACCUGAACAAGAGUUUACCAAAUGAAAUAAAUAGGAGAAGUUAUAUAUAUUCAUUAACGAAGUGAAAAAAUUGCAGUCCUAAUCAUAGUUUAUCUGUGUGGAUGUAGAGGAUGGGGACAUAAACCGCAUAGGAGCAAUUUUCUCAAAAGAAGACAUGGUGAUUAUGUUCACUAACACUGAAAGUAUUAUCAUGAAAGUUUUCCAACCAAUCACUACGCAUGAGAUAUACUAAAAAGUUAGGCAUGAGCUUUGACAAGCUCAUCACUUUAAGUUUCAUUUCUAUUCAUAGUUUUCUGGUUCUGUUUGUUUCAUUCUGCCGCAUGCUUUACUUUCUACGGUCACUUUGUGGUGGAGCAAACACCCCUCUGACACUUCAACUUAUCUGCAUCAUUUAGACCUUGAUUUCAAAAGCGUAAUGCAAUACUUUCUUUAGCCAUCUUUGAGCUUUUUAGCUCUUAAAAACUAAACACAUUUCAUCAUCAUGUUUCAACAACCCAUUACUUAGUUGUAUAUUAUUGAUUGAUAUCAACAUGUAUCAUGUUGCUAAGAUCCCUCCAAGUAUAUGUUUACUAAUGUUCUAUAUUUAUAAGAUGAUCAGUCAUAUUUUUGGGUUAAAUUUUAAACCCAUGAUUUAUUACUUUUACAAGAUCUUGCCCAAUUUUCUUAUGCCACUAUUUAAGUUGUUGGCACCUCAGGAUCCUUGCAAGAUAUAGAUGAAGUUGAACUCCUUGGAUUUCUCCUGAGGCAAAAUAGGGUGUUGUGUAUGUGGUGGUCUCUACAAACCGUUUGAAUAAGGCCAUCAAGAUGAUAAAGAGGAGUGACAGUCAAGUUGGAAAUUAAGCAUUACAUUAGGCAGAAUGCUCUGGUGUCACUCAUUUUCUUUUUAAUGGUUUUUGGUGAACAUGUAGUGUUCAGAUUUUCCAAUUGUCUUAAAUGUUUAUAAAUGGUUCAAACCCAUGAAGGCUGUAAAGUUUUGUUAGGAUAUGGCAAACAGGAAGUUUGUUUGUUCACCAAGGUCAUUUAAAUAUAUCAGAUUGGAUUUGCGUUCA